AGCUGCGUAUUGGAACUCAGUAUUAUAAACGCAAACAGCUCCGGUGAUCUGUUUUCGAAUAGUUCCUCACCAAGUCUUCUGACAAAUUGUGCAUGAAUUACUACGCAUGCCCGGAUAAAAGUAGUAGCGGUUAAUAAGUUCUCGUUUUGCUCAAAAGACAAUACGGUUGUAAGUGAAAUAGUGUAAGCUAAUGUGAAAAAUAUUAGUUACGUUCAAGAUUUGUAUAGUAAUCAGUAAAACGUAUUACGCGCUGGAAUUUCUAGAAAGCGGACAUCUCCUACGAGCACAACAGAUAGAUAAGGCUCGAAGAUAUUAAGUGAUAUCGUGGCGGCAGAUAAGCGAAGGUGUGUAAUCAUACUGCUGCUAAACGCGCACAAACACUCGAUAAUACACAGCUGUGUAGACCUUUAAAAUAGUACAGUGAUUGUAGUGUUCACGAGUGUCUGGAUAGGAAGAGAGUAACAUAUAAGGGUCAAAUUACAUAUUGUGUAAUCUGGUGUGGCGCUCGUUAUUAGUCAAGCCCAAACUACCUGCAAACGUUUUUUCAAAAUGUCGUUCCUAAACAAUCUGAAGAAGGUGUUUCACCUGGGCAGCGGAGAGGCGAAGAAGAAACGCAUCUUCAACAACAUCCGCAUGGAUACGGACCCGGCCGACUUUUGGGACAUGAUAGGCGAGCUUGGUGAUGGUGCAUUUGGCAAGGUUUACAAGGCACAGAACAGAGAAUCAAAGCAGCUGGCCGCCGCCAAGAUGUGCACAUUGGAAGAUGAGGAGAAUCUGAGCGAUCAUAUGGUCGAGAUUGAUAUCCUGUCUGAGAUCAAGCAUCAAAAUAUUGUCGGUCUGUAUGAAGCGUUCUCGAUCGACGAUAAACUGUGGAUGCUGAUAGAAUAUUGUGAUGGUGGUGCCUUAGAUAGUAUUAUGGUGGAGCUAGAGAAACCUCUCACCGAGGCGCAGAUUGCUUACGUAUGCAAGCACAUGUGCGCCGGACUGAACCAUUUACACAAGAACAAGGUGAUACACCGGGACUUGAAGGCCGGCAACGUGUUGCUGACAAUGGACGGUGGCGUUAAACUUGCGGAUUUUGGUGUUUCGGCCAAGAACAAGCAUACAAUGCAAAAGCACGACACAUUUAUCGGUACACCGUACUGGAUGGCACCGGAGUUAGUGCUGUGCGAAACGUUCCGGGACAAUCCGUACGACUUCAAAGUCGAUAUCUGGUCGCUCGGCAUCACCUUGAUUGAGUUUGCUCAGAUGGAACCACCAAACAGUGAGAUGUCUCCAAUGCGGGUGCUGCUCAAGAUACAGAAAAGCGAACCACCCAAGUUGGAUCAACCGUCUAAGUGGACGAAACACUUUAACGAUUUUCUCGCGCGUGCGCUUGUAAAGGAUCCUCAGCAAAGGCCGUCAACAGACGUGCUAAUGGGAUUACCGUUCAUUAGUGGUAAUUUAGACUCGAAACCCAUCAAGGACCUUCUACUCGAGUAUAAGGCGGAUGUCGUCGAGGAGGAACUGGUAGACGAAGAAGCAGAGGAACCCCGCAAUUCUGCUCUUCCGCUCGACUUGGAUGAUGAUUCUUCAUCCUUGCAGAGUCAAGAAACUGAUAAGCUUCCAGAUACACCUACAUCCCUAUCGAAGUCAUCCAGGGAUUCGAAAGAGUCUACUCCCGUUCCUGCCACCGAAGAUGAUCCCAGCAAGCCGAAAAUUGGCCCAAUACCGACACCAGUCGGUGCGGCAGGUCCGCCGGGCACGACACCGCUGGAGAAAACACCAGCUAGCGUAGAUACUAAACCGGAAAUCAAAAAAUCCCAACCAGCGCCGCCAAUCGUUCCGGCCGCCGCAUCUCCAGUCAGUGGAGACGUUUUAUCGCAACCAACGAUCCAAAAUUCUUCGUCUUCAUCGAAUAUCACUGGUGCAGCGGUAAAUGUUCCCACUCCUGUGUUACCCGUGCCUAAGGAAGUUGUAUCUGAAGCACCUUCUGCGGGAGAUUUACAUUCAGAGUCAACGGCUUUAAUUGAUCAAAGGAAGACUGUUGCAGCAGGUGGAUCGUCUAACACUGCUGCUGUCAAGAAAGGACCGGCACCACCACCACCACAAACAUCAACAUCUCCAACGACCAAACAACCUUCAACCUUAGGAUUCGAUGGAUCCUUUUCCAAGGAUGUUGUUCCACCAACACCACCUGAAACGCCACUAACACCAUCGGAAAGUGAAAUCUCCGUAAAGGCGCUAGACCGUCCAGAUGCCACAGUGCAGGGCAGUGUAAUACCGCCACCACCACCGGCUCUAAUGCGAAUGGGAAGUAGUGGUGUGAUUGAAGAACAAGUGAAGUCUCCCCGUAAGGAACAUGCACCGACACCACCGUCUGAUAAAGAAAGUCCCAAGGCUGCCACUCCACCGAGUGGAAAACCAACGAUUAACGCCCAUGAGCGUCCUUCGUCACCGGUAGCAAAUCAACCAUUUGCUAACUCUAGUAAUAACAAUGUUGCCAUUCCGAGAGCGAUUCACCCGCAUUCAUCUCUACCAGACGAUGGUGGAAUGGACGAGGGAGUAAAAAGGAUUACGUCCACCUCAACGCCAUCUGCGGUACGAAAUCAAUUGUCUCAUCAUGCUACCCUGAUGAAUAGUUCAUCAUCUUCUUCCACUACAUCCAUUACCAUCAACGAUGCGACCGUACUCUCCGACCCUUCAAACAGCUUGGCAAGCAAUGUGGCACAGGUGACGGUUGUCACGAGUCACCCACCGGUGAUAAUUGACAACUCAAUUCCCUUACCAACAGCGGCAUCGGCAACAGUUGCGUCUUCUGGCACUUCCUCUUCUGCCUCAUCGACGAAAUCUUUCGGUUCGUCGCAGCAACGUCGUUCACGUGUCAUAUCUCCACCUGGUAUAGGCGCCCACGAUGAGGUGAUUAUCGUGUCAAACGAGCUCAACAAAACGCACGUAAACGAAUCUUCGACCGAUGAUGACUUUCAGUCAUUGGACAGUCUGGAAAACGUUUCCCCGCGCCAUCAUUCUAUCCGUACACCGUCGCAGUCGGCAAGUGGACGAGCGAUCGCGAGAAAGUUGGAUGAAAGCGAAGUGCUUAUUGUUAGCUCCGGCUUCGACGAUCGUCGUGAUGUGCUCCUUGUGGAUGAUAUGAAUGCUGGGUCACCGGAUCGUGAUGUGGAUGCGUACGGCGAUGGCGAUGCGUUUAAUGCGAGCAGCAAUAAUCUACUGAAUAACAGCAAUAAACUUUUGCUGGAUACUAGUCAUGUAUCGGUAGUAACGGUAGGAGAAGAGGAAAUCAAGGUGAAGGAUUCCUCUCAGCAUCAUCCGCAGCUGAUCAAUAAUCCGCGUAUGUCCCCUCACCACUACCAUCACGAUUCUACUAGUGACUUGUCGAACGUUAGCUGCGGUCCGAGUGAAUCUAGUGACGAUGUGAAGGUAGACAUAGUGGUCGGUGCUGGUGGUCGUCAACAGAUGUCCCAACAGCAACAAGCUCAACAGCAUUUGCACCAGCAGCAAAGGUCACCCUCCGGUUCCUCUAUAUCACUUCCUAGCCAAACGGGCAAAGGUGGCACUGGGGGAGGUAGUAUUAUCAAUGGCAAUAGAUAUAACGGUGGCACUGAGUUCCAUGAAAGCCGCGAGGAUGUUAGUAUAAUAGUGAAUAAGCGAAAGAUUGAAAAGUCUCGGAUUUCACCGGAUAGUAGUGUCGGUUCACUUGAAGGUGGUGGAUCGGUUCGUUCGGCAAGUACGCCCAUUCACCAGAAUCAUCAUCCGCAUCAGCAUGGCGGAAUGGCAGGCGUUGUGAUCGCUGGAACUCAUCAUCAACGAACGGGUAGCAGUGGAACGGCACCAUCGGCAAUAUCAUCAAAACAUCUUCACGAUCGUAGCGAUGCGGAAAGCAUUGCAACUACCACUAGUCACGAUAGUCGCGAACAUGCAGCAGUCGAGCUGGACGAAGAGGUGACUCUCCGCCGGAAGCCUGUUCUUGAUCUCGAAGAUGAAAAGGUACCAUCUUCCGUUGGCGGUACAGUGUCGUCCGGAUCAUCCACUUUGGUUAGUAGUGUCGGUGGUACUAGCGUCGCUACGACAACAGCAGGAACUCCUGGAGUUGUUGGUGCGCCUGCCACAGCUGCUACUGGUACUGGAGGAACAGCUGCCGGUGGUAAUGGUACGGCUGGCAUAAAACAAAAAGCUAACCGAAACUUCACCAAGGAAGAAUUACAUCUGCAAAAUCUGAAGAAGAAAACGCGAAAACGAACGCGUAAAUUCGAAAUCGAUGGAGUACAAGUGACGACCACCACAAGCAAGGUGAUUUACAGUGAUGAGGAUAACAACAAGCUGUACGACGAUCAUCUGUUCCGCAAGCAAGAACUACGCGAGUUGAAGAUGCUACAGAAGCAGGAGAAAAAACAGUUUUACGACCUGCAGGGUAAAGAAGCGAUCGCCAAAGAGCAGCAAGAGAAGAAAUUCGAGCAGGAGCGACUACAGCUAGAACGUACGUUCGAGGCAGAUAUGGACGUGCUGGCCCGCCAGCAUCGACAAACGGUAGAAAAAUUCGAGCAGCAGCAAGAAGCAGAACUGCGCAACACAUCCAAGAAGAUACGUGCUGAACAGGAACGAGAUCUGAAGCUUUUCCGCGACAGCUUGAAGCAAGAAAUACGACUGUUAAAACAGGAAGUGGAUCUAUUGCCGAAGGAAAAGCGAAAAGAUGAGUUCCGUAAGCGAAAAACACAGAUGGAGUUUGAACACGAGGAGCGCGAAAAAGCGUUUUUGUCAUCGCUAUCGGAAAAUCAUGAGCUUGCUCUGCGGCGAAUCAGUGAAAUCUAUCGCGAAAAGCUAUCCGCUACCGACAAAGGUUACCUGCAACAAAAGCAAACGGCAAUGAGAACGAGGGAAGCAAUGCUGUGGGAGCUAGAAGAGAAACAUAUCCACGACAAGCAUCAACUGGCUAAGCGCCACGUGAAAGAUAUAUGUUUCAUGCAGCGGCACCAGAUGAUUAUCCGGCACGAAAAGGAGUUGGAUCAAAUUAAGCGUAUGAUCACCCGUAAGGAAGAGGAAUUGUUGAAGCGACAAACGAUCGAAAGGCGAGCCCUGCCAAAGAGAAUCCGUGCCGAGCGCAAGGCUCGCGAUAUGAUGUUCCGUGAAUCGUUGCGCAUUUCAAUGACCACCGAUCCGGAGGUGGAACGGGAUAAACUAAAGAAGUUCCAAGAGCAAGAAAAGAAACGGUACAACCAGGAGCAGUUGCGUUUUGAAACGAAACACAGCAAACAGCUUGAAGAACUUAGAGCUACCUCAGAGGGAUCGAUUAGGGAACUGGAGCAAUUGCAGAAUGAAAAACGGAAGCAAUUGCUGGAACACGAAACCGCUAAACUUCGGGAAUGCGAUGAAGCGUUGCAAAAGGAGUUGCGCGAAUGGAAGGCGCAACUGAUGCCACGCAAACAGGCCAUUGAGAAGCAUCUGAGCCGCAUGGUGGACGAGUACGAGGACCGUUGGGGUCCAGUUGAUCGUCGUGAAUUCGAUGGUGAUUUUACCGUGCCGCCGGAGCUGCGCAAUCGCACCAAUUCCCUCAAUACCCUUUCCCUCCGGCUGCUGAACAUCACGCGCUCCCGUACGUUCCUAACGCUUCCCACGAUGGCAAACGGUGGUGUUGCUGGUGGUGGAUACGUUGGUGGUGGUAGCGGUGGUAAUUCUAACCGAAACAGUAUACACAGCUCGGUACCGGAUCUUAGUCGGUCUAUGCCGAACACGCCAAACUCAGGGCAUAAACUUUCGCUUGCAUCGUCAUACGAUUCCGUGUUGGAAGAGAACGAGGGUGAAAAUCAACCUCCGACGAUGAGCACGGGACGUAGCGGUAGAGGAAGUAGCUAUCAACAUCCGUCCGCUAUCAAGUAUAUUCACACGAACGAUUCGGUGGUGGCAGGCAAUGUCCACGUGAGACGUAAAUCGGAGGAUAUGCUUUCGGGAAAAUCGCGAUCUACGCGCGUUCCAAUCAAAUCUUUCCUUCACUCGAACACACCAAGCCGGAACGAGUAUGGCGGUACUGGACCGUCUGGGUACUACGGUGCUGAUUAUGGUGGAUCUCGUGUGACACCAACUGGACCAAUGGCGUAUUAUUCCGAUUCGAAGGACCGUGUUGUAUCGAUCCGCGUGAACAAUCAGGCGAUUAAUCGCAAGCCGGCAAACAUAUUCGAGGGUAUGACUAAUCGCUCGAAUAUACCACAACCGCACACGUCGUCCGGCGGAACAAUACCGCGUCGUACGUCCGCUGGUUGGGGCCCGAGUCGACUCGGGGAGAACACGUUUGCUACCGCAUCCGACGCGAACAUCAAUCGUCUGACAACGUUCAGUUCUGCACGUGGAGGUCUUCCACUUCCGACAACGAAUGGAGGCGGUGGUCGCAACACUGCCACCCCGGGAUUGAAAUUAUCACCUUCGACUCCAGUGUUACUUGCACCGAGUAAGGAUGAUGACACGGCGGUAUAAGCAUAUGUACGUGCUUAUCCUACGAGGAAAUCCUAUCAAAUGUUUGUUUAACAAAUAGUGACACGUCUGCCCGACUUGAGAACCGGAUGUGUUGUGUAUAGCUGCGCCGGAGAAAUACCAUUCCGUUACAACCGCAUUUGAUGUUGCUGUCAAUAUCCAUAACCCCCCACCCUGUCAAUUUCCACAAAAUCCUAGCACUACUCGAAUUCUAGCGUAGCACAUAGACACCACAUAUGCACCAUCCAAAAUUCCAUCAUCCCAAACAGAAGAUCACGCAAUCCAACGUGAGAAGAUUACUGCGGCUACUGUUCACCGGAAUGAGCAAAACAUUCAACGACGAAAAUACAAGUUUCAAUCGUACUAACCCGCUACUACUAACAGCUUCUAACAGAGAACGAGUACUAAUCUCCAAGGCGAUAGAAAAAGUACCUACUAAUGCACCUAUCACUGCGCGCACACCGUUUUCUGCAUAUAAAAGAUAUUGUUUGAACAAUGUGUGGACGUUAGAAGUCCUUCAAACACAAGAAGAGGAUGAACCGAACAAUGACCGUGGGAAUAUCUCUUAACCACGAAAGACCGCGUGACUUAAAUAACUCCGAAAAUAUGCAGAACAGAGUUCACCGAAGUGUAAUGUUGAUGGAGCGUUAAUCGUACAACCAGAACUAUUCCUUCCCUGCCCAAAAUGUUCCAUUCCUUUCCUCCUCAACUAUAAUCGUGUUCGUUUAUACGCUCCUUGACGGGCUGCGUCAUGCAAUCGUCUAUAAAAUCAGCGUCUCGAGGAAACGUUUGCCCAGCAGCUGGAAGAAAUGGAGCAGUUGUACGGCAACAGCCUGGUACCGAUGCCUCCCCAAUCACCGCAGGCACACGACCCACACCCGCACGUACACCACCAUCAUCUGCUGCAGG